GCAAAUCUUCGUUGCCCGAGACCGUCGUCAUGCAGAAGGAGAGGAAUAAGAAACGGCGAGGAGGAGGAGGAGAGGAGGACGGAGGAGGAGGAGGAGGAGGAGGAGGAGGAGGCCCCCCCCCCUGGAGCCAGCCCUCUGCGGCCGAAGCGUGGCAGCGCGCCGCGGCCGCCCAGCGGCCUGAGGGGAGGCCUCCGCGGCCCCGAGCCCUGCAGGGGCCUGGCCCCCCGAGGGCGGCCACGGAGGCCGCCCUCGGAGGUCGGGCUUGCUGA